CGCGCUAUUCAAAAAGGAGAGUGGUAUUUUUCCUCGCUGAGUAAAUUCUGUUGUUUUGAUCGUUUAUACGUAUCAAAACUACUGUUUACACUUUAAUUGAGUUUAUUUCAGUUAAAGUAUUCGAUUAGAGUAUCGUUUUUGUUUCCAAAGUAGUUUGUUGUCAGUACUGUGCGCGUGUCCAAAAAGGGUAGUGAUUUUGUACUUGUUGUGAUUAUCCUUGCUUUUGUGUAAUUGUUGCAUCAAAAGCAUUCUUGGUCUAUAUCAAAGUGUUUUUAGUUAAGGUUCUAAAUCUUGCUAAGAUUUGUCUUGUGAAACCCUCUUCCUCAUUGACUGACACUAGUGUUCAUAUUGUGUUAUACACCUUUAUCUGACUAAAAUGGUUGGUAGUACUCACAAAUGUGGACAACCACGUUGUUUGUUCCCUGUGGACGAAGGAAUGCAGUGUGAUGAAUGCAAAAGCUGGUUCCAUAAGAUGUGCACUCGUUUAAGUCCCACUGCGUACAAAAGAUGUUCAAAGCCUAACUCACACUGGCUUUGCAUGUUUUGUUGUGCAAAUAAGACGUUACUAAUACAAGAGGCUAUGAGCCUACUGGCUUUGGCUUGUAAGAAAAACGAUAGGGCAUGCACUGAUAACAUGAGCACUGACAGUGACGAAUGUGUCAGUGUAGUAGUACCUGCUGUUACAAGACGCCUCAAACACCCCAAUUUGAUUGACGGGAAAGUGAAAUCUCCUUUAAUAUUACCGAGGGAAGAAGCACCACCUGAAACUAACAUCAGUAACCAGGUGCCUCUAGUGGACACUGAAGAUCUGAAUAAGACCGUCACUGUUCCAAAUAGUCCCGGUGUACUGAAGGAUGAAAAAUGGACUACAGUACGGAAUAAACGAAGUGAAAAGAAAAAGGCUGUGGGCAAUGCGCAGGUAGUUAGCAAGUCAUUGGUGAACUCCCAUUGUGAGUCACAAAACGUACUACCGAAAUCUGAUAGAAAGAGGGAAAACCACCCAGGUGUGACUGAAAAAAAGAAUCUGAUAUCAUCGAAUAUUAUUGUUAGCAAAUUACUGGAGUCAAACGACCCUGACCCCAAAAUUAGACAUGCGCAUGAUUUAGAGAAGUUGGGAGAUUAUAUUCGUAGUAUCUUACCGGAUAACUCUAAAGGAGUCCAGGUCAAAAAGCUGGUAAGAAUAGGCAAGAGGACCGAAAACAAUGCUGAACCUCGUCCAUGUAGACUCCUUAAGGUAAUCCUAGGAUCAGAGACGCAACGGGACCUCCUGUUAAGUAAUGCUCGUUGUCACGACAAUUCUGAUAUCCGAGUUAGACCUGAUAUGUCUCUCGAAGACAGAAUAAAAAGAAAGAAAGCACUAGCUGAACUAGAAAUCCGCCAACAAAAUGGUGAGAAAAAUCUCCGGUUAGUGGGUUUUCGGAUAGUCAAGUCUUGGAAGCGAAUGCUACCAACGCCUGUAUGGAUAGGCCGUUCUACCUAGGAGUCUUAUAUGCCAAUGCUCGUAGUCUAAGAAAUAAGUUCUAUGAGCUAGGAGCAUUAGUGGACAGAUUAAGGCCACUCAUCGUAGCAGUGACAGAAACUUGGUUAGUCCAUAACUUCGACAUUACUCCAGAACUAUCGGGAUACCAUUACCUAAGGAGUGAUAGACAUAGUUGUAGAAAAGGAGGUGGUGUCCUGUUAUAUAUAUCCAAUAGUAUAAAUAUACGCUCCUUUGUUAGCGAAUCCCAUGACAGCGGUACUUGUGAAGUUAUUAGCUGUAAAUUGGAUAUCGGAUGUAGUACGUUUAUGCUCGGUGUCAUCUAUCGCAGCCCAAUCUGUUUAGCCGAUGACUUUAUUCUAGAGCACAUUCAUCUUUGGAGUACCAAUACCAGGUGCUUGAUAAUAGGAGACUUUAAUGCACCUAACAUUAGUUGGGCUGAAAUGACCACAGAAGGAUCUAUAAACUCCUUUGAAAAUAGGUUCCUGAUAACAAUAAUGGAGCAUGCAUUAGUGCAGCAUGUAUCCAAACCUACACGUUUUGGUGCUAACCAAGGUUCUUCUCUGUUGGACUUGGUAAUCACUCAUGAUACUGAAGAUAUUGUCGACCUAAAUGUUCUCCCACCGUUAGCGAACAGUGAUCACGCUGUUUUGUCCUUCUCGUUUAGAACUAGGGACAUGUUAUACGAUCAGGUCACACCCCGCCCAAAUAUAUGGAAAGCUAACAUAUCAGCCAUUCAGGAAUGCGCUGCUAAGACAGAUUGGUUUGUAGAUACUAGCUUAUCAGUUGAAGAAGCAUGGUCUGUAUUCAAAGGUAAGUUUAGUUUAGUUACGUCCUCGUUCAUACCAUACCUGAUACCGCGAAGACCGAAUAAUAGUCCACCAUGGAUAACCAAACCAGUUAAGAAACUUCUUAGAAGAAGGAAGAAGCACUGGAAUAUGUUCAUCUCUACGGGCUUAGAACAAUACCGAUCCAGUUA